AUGUCAUGUCAGUGUCAUGAAUGUCAAAUCCGUACCAAAAUAAACCAAGUCGAUUGCAGCCAGAGUUCAGCUGAAAACAAACAAAAUCUUCAUAGAAAAUCCAUAGAACCUGUGAAAUUUUGGAAACCCACCUUGAAUAUACCGGCACUAAAGUCGUACGAGGAGCAAGCCAUCGACGCUGUUGUUGGUGUUUUGAACAGGGCUAAAGAGGCGCUGGGGGAAAGGCAGACUUUGAAAGACCUUGCUAGCAGUCGCAAGGAUUUCUUUCCACCUGCGAAGGUGGCCCUUACAUCCCUGAAAUGCCCUUUAGUAAUCACAAGCGAAGCUUUAAUAAGGAACACGAUAGAAAAGAAAUGGAAGCUCACGGAAAGUUUUAUGUACGUUCUAAAGUAUAUCGACAGUUCCCGGGAUGAAUGUUCUCAGUAUUAUUAUUUUGAGGCAGUGUUCAGUCAACCCAUACCAGCGUUCCCGAUACCCCAGGCCACUGCAUCAGUGUUCUUCCGAAUUGAAGAUAAGCAAAUCAAAUCUCAGGAAAUCAACGGAAUGCCGAAGGUGACGUUCAGAGUGGAAGGGCACCGCGUAGACCACGACAUCCGCUACGUCGUUUUGGCAGCAGAAUGGCUCCUCGCCGUCAUUCAGACGAAGAUCAAACUGUUCAGGCGAAUCGAGCAGAUGCAGAUAUUUUAAUUUUAUAUACAUUUAUAAUAUUAUUUUGUUAUUUUUGGAUUUAUUUGAUCAGUUUAUAU